AUGACCUCGCGUCUGGUGCUGGUCAUUGGCGACCUCUUCAUACCGGAUAGGGCUCCAUUCAAGAAACUCCUUACUCCGGGAAAGAUCGGUCAGAUUCUAUGUUUAGGCAACCUCACAGACCGUAACACCUUCGAGUUUCUGCGGUCGAUCGCCCCCGACCUGCAGAUGGUGAAGGGUGACUUCGACGUCGACUCGCCCGGCCUUCCUCUCUCCAAAGUUGUCACCCAUGGCAGUCUCCGCAUCGGCUUCACCCAUGGCCACACCAUCAUUCCCCCGGGCGACGCUGAUGCGUUGCUCAUCGCGGCUCGUCAGAUGGAUGUAGAUAUCCUGCUUUGGGGAGGAACACAUCGCUUUGAGGCCUUUGAGAUGGAAGGCCGUUUUUUCGUCAACCCGGGAAGUGCUACUGGGGCCUUCAGCACCGGGUAUUGGCCCGAAGGGGAGGAACCAAUUCCCAGCUUCUGCUUGAUGGAUGUCCAAGGAGAUGUGCUGGUGCUCUAUGUCUACCAGCUCAAGACCGACGCAAAUGGAGCAGAGACGGUAGCAGUCGAGAAAGUGUCGUUCCGCAAGCAAGGCGUCACGACGUCAUGA